AUGAAUGCAUUUACUACCAGCAGUGACCCAAAAAUCAUCGGAGGCUACUACAUAGAGGCAGUCCAGAGAUUGGGUGGUUGUCCAAGGAUUGUCAGAGGCGACCGGGGCACAGAGAAUGUUAAAGUCAGAGACUUUCAGCGUUUUCUUCGUCGCAACAUUCACGACGGCUCCGGCAUUGACAGCUACAUUGAAGGGGCAAGCACAGCAAAUCAGCGAAUAGAGAGUUGGUGGGGCUUCCUCAGAAGGGAAUCAAUGGAAUUCUACAUCUCUCUGUUUAAUGAUCUGAAGGACCGUGGCUUGUUCGAUGGUGCAUAUUUGGACAGAAGUCUAAUCCAGUUCUGCUUCAUGGGAAUCAUUCAGGACGAAUUAGAUGAGACCAUCCAUGUGUGGGAUUCACAUGUCAUCAGACCAUCGAAGAAUGACAGGGUACCCAGUGGUCGACCUCGAAUCAUGUACAUGUUCCCAGAACUCUACACAAGUGAUGACCGCAUUUCCCCAGUGGACAGAGCUGAUGUGCAGUUGUGUCAGAGUAACUGCACAUUUCGACCAGCAGUGCCAUGUGACCCAGACAUCUACAACAUCUGCAACAUUCUGAUGGUGGAGUCACAGCUGCAUCUUCCAGCUGAUGCUUAUCAAGCAUUUGAUUUGUACCUGCAUUUGAGGAAUGAGAUAAGAUCCGCUCUCUAAUUUGAGAUGGAACUACAUUUGUAUCCAUCUAAACUGAACACGUGAUCAGACAAUUCUUCUGCAGUCCACCAUGCUUUAUUCACCAAACAUUCUCAGUUGUAAAGUUUUCCCAGGAACUCUGUAGAAGCUAUAUUUGGAAUUUUGGAUUAUUUCUCCUUGGAAAAAGGAUUGAUCUGUCACUAUGUGCACACUGACUGUUACAGACAUUAAGAACAUUUGCAGCGAUAUUGUGCACACAGUUUUUCAAGGUACUUUGCAGUUUUGCCUGUCAUGGAUA